AAUGGCCGCGCAGCGCGGCCCCGGGCCAGUUAGCGGACCCGGGAGGUACCCGGGCGCUCGGCGGGGAGCGAUCUACGGCGGCCGGCAGGGGGCGGCGGCUGCCGUUGGCCGGGGUCCGGAGGCGGGGGCGGGGCCGAAGCAUGGGCGAGCGCGGCGGCGCGGCCGGCUCCCGGCGCCGGAGGACGGGGUCGCGGCCCGCGGCGGCCGAGGAGCGGGACGCGGGCGCCGGGGGCGACGCGCCGGCUGCGGACGCGGACAAGGGCGGCGGCCACUGGGACCUGAGGUGCCACCGGCUGCAGGACUCGCUGUUCAGCUCUGAUAGUGGCUUUAGCAACUACCGUGGCAUCUUGAACUGGUGUGUGGUGAUGCUGAUCCUGAGCAAUGCACGGUUGUUUCUAGAGAACCUCAUCAAGUACGGCAUAUUGGUGGACCCGAUCCAGGUGCUGUCUCUCUUUCUGAAGAACCCCUACAGCUGGCCUGCUCUGUGCCUGGUCCUUGUGGCCAAUGUCUUUGCCGUGGCCGCGUUCCAGGUGGAGAAGCUUCUGGCUGUGGGAGCCCUGACAGAGCAGGUGGGGCUGCUGCUGCACACGGCCAACCUGGCCAUCAUCCUCUGCUUCCCGGCUGCCGUGGCCUUCCUGCUCGAGUCCAUCACUCCAGUGGGCUCUGUGCUGGCGCUGCUGGUCUACACCGUCCUCUUCCUCAAGCUCUUCUCCUACCGACAAGUAAACCUGUGGUGCCGUGAGAGCAGGACACAGGGCAAGGCCAAGGCUGCUGCUGCCAGCAAGAAGGCCAAUGGGGGCAGUGCUCAGCACACCGUGGACUACCCUGACAACCUGAACUACCGAGACCUCUACUACUUCCUCUUCGCCCCCACCCUGUGCUACGAGCUCAACUUUCCCCGCUCCCCGCGCAUCCGGAAGCGUUUCCUGCUGAGGAGACUCCUGGAGAUGCUCUUCUUUACCCAGCUCCUGGUGGGGCUGAUCCAGCAGUGGAUGGUCCCCACCAUCCAGAACUCCAUGAAGCCUUUCAAGGACAUGGAUUACUCACGCAUCAUUGAGCGACUCCUGAAGCUGGCGAUCCCUAACCACCUCAUCUGGCUCAUCUUCUUCUACUGGCUGUUCCACUCGUGUCUUAAUGCCGUGGCUGAGCUUAUGCAGUUUGGAGACCGAGAGUUCUACCGGGACUGGUGGAACUCGGAAUCCGUCUUCUACUUCUGGCAGAACUGGAACAUCCCCGUACACAAGUGGUGUUCCAGACACUUCUACAAACCCAUGCUCCGCCGUGGCAGCAGCAAGUGGGUGGCACAGAUUGGAGUCUUCCUGGCUUCGGCCUUCUUCCACGAGUACCUGGUGAGCAUCCCGCUGCGCAUGUUCCGCCUGUGGGCCUUCACAGGCAUGAUGGCACAGAUCCCACUGGCCUGGAUAGUCAGCCGCUUCUUCCGGGGCAACUACGGCAACGCGGCUAUGUGGCUGACGCUUAUCAUUGGGCAGCCAGUGGCAGUGCUCAUGUAUGUCCAUGACUACUACGUGCUCAACUAUGAGGCCCCGGCCACGGGGGCCUGAGGCUCCUCCUCUUGGCCUGGCACAGCCUCUCUGCCCCUAUGGGGCGCCCUCCUAACCCUGUGAUGGCAGCUCGUCCUGGGGGAGGUGCCAAGGUCCUGGGAGUCGUGGCUGAUCCUUGCGAUGUAGCCACCGCGUCAAUAAA